AUGCGUAUCAUUCUAGCUUUUUAUAUCUGUGCAGUAUUAUUUAUUUUAUCAAGUUUACUAUUUAUGCCGUUACGUUGGUUGGCUAGACAUGAUCCAUAUCGUGAAGUCUACUGUGGGGGGCUACCAUCAUCUGUAUUCGUUGUAGGCGGUGAUUCAUGUCAUCCAGACGAUGGGGAUGAAUUAUUCUCAUUUUGUUCAUAUGGUUCAGGUCAACCGGAUGAAGUUUAUGAUCCACAAGAAACACAAACAACGCAUAUACUGUGUGAUGAAAAUGAAACGACUGGGAAAAUUCGUUAA